AUGCUUGCAAACAAAACCCUUCGUGUCCUGGCUCUUUCGUCCCUGGCCCUUGCACAGCUAGAUCCCCGAGCCAGUUUGAGCUCCGACCAGAACUCCGCUCUGGACCUGCUCAUGCCCUCGCUCUUUGGCUGGCAGGAUCUUGUUUCCGAGGCAGGCCAGAGCAUUGAGUGCGCGGCGUGCCAAGCUGCCCUUGUAGCAGUGAACGCUGCCGUGGACAUUAUUGGCGAGGACCUGACCUUGGAAAUUGUAAAAGACAUCUGCCAGGGCUUCCAGAAAGAGGACGUCUGCGACGGCGUGGUGACAGAGCUGGGCCCUGUGGUACUUAAGAUGGUCACCAGCUCCUCCGACUCGCUUCUGGGCUAUGGCGGCGAGCUCAUUUGCAACUCUUUCCUCACCACGUGUCCGGACUUUGAGCCGCACACCAUGGACUUUGCUCCGUCUGCCGUCUCCGGUGCCGUCACCAACUACGCUUCCAAUGCGACCUCCAAAAACGUGCUGACAGUUUUGCACAUCUCCGACAUCCACUACGACCCGGACUAUCUAGUGGGCUCGGAGGCCGACUGCGACUAUCCGCUGUGCUGCGAGGCGCGCACGCAGGAGUCCAGCACCGCCAAGACCCCGGCGACCAGGUUUGGAGCGUACCAAUGCGACGUUCCGUUGGAUCUGGUGCAGAGCUUUGGCGAGAACCUGGAGGCCACCAUUGGCGGGGCACCGGACUUUGCGCUCUUCACGGGGGACGUUCCCCCACAUAACGUCUGGUACGACAACGCAACGACCGUGACGGAGGCGUUUCAGAUCUACAGCACGCUGGCAAAGUACAUAAAGUCGCCGCUGUACGGCACUAUGGGCAACCACGACACCGCCCCGGUGAAUCUCCUAGAGCCAGCGGAAAUCGGCAAUCUCAGCAACCAAUGGGCCCUCGACAGUCUGGGCAGCUACUUCCAGCAGUGGCUGCCGACGGCCACCGUGCGACAGUUUGAAAACUCACACGGCGUGUAUGCUGUGCGUCCUGCUCCGGGGCUCAAGCUCAUCAACCUCAACACUGUCGACUGCUACAACUUCAACUUUUACAUCCUGUACAACAGCGGUGCCGACCUUGAUCCGAACGGACAGCUGCAGUGGCUGGUGAACGAGCUGAGCGACAGCAAGCGGCGGAACGAGUCUGUCUGGAUCCAGGCGCACAUUGCGCCGGGCGACGCCGACUGCAUCGUGCCGUGGUCGAACCUGUACAACUCCAUCGUGGUGGACUAUUCGGAUAUCAUCAAGGCCCAAUUCUUUGGCCACAGCCACGAGGACAAGUUCAUUCUCAACUACGACUCGCAGGGCACAGCCGUCGGAGUGCAGUACCUGGCUCCGUCCAUCACCACCUUCACAGACCUCAACACCGGCUACAGGGUGUACAAGGUGGAUCCAAAUACGUACGAGGUGGUCGACUCGCUCACGUACUACGCGGACAUAGCAGCCACCGACAACAGCACGCCGCCAAAGUGGCAGCUUGAGUAUUCGGCCAGAGAAUACUAUCCGUCGUGGCCAGCUACCAGUCCGCUUAACGCAACGUUCUGGGAGAGAGUGCUGCAGGUGUUGGAGACCAACAACACCGCGUUUGAGCUCUACAGCAAGUACAUGUCCAAGAGCUCCUCGGCAUCCGAGGUGUGCACCACGAACGGGUGCAAGGAGCAGUACAUUGCGCAGAUCAAGAGCGGCAACACGCGAAACAAGUACUAUGCGCCACUCAUCGACCUUGACGCCGACGCCAACUUAACGGACAUCGCCACGGCCGUUUCCGGUGCCAAACAGGGAAACUCCAGCAGAGCUCUGACCAGAAGGUGUUUACAUGUAUAA